AUUCCACAAAAAAGUGCGUUCCACUUGCAUAUUUUCUUAUAACAUUAUUAUCUAAUGAUAGUGUGGGUUGCGGAAAGAUGGGAUGUAAAUACUUUAGAAGAGUGUUAACAAGUUCAUAUUAAGUUUCAGUAAACCGGAAGUAUAAGUUUACAGGUUUUUUUGUUGUUAUGUUAGAAGUGAGACGGUUGUUGACUGAUGCGGUUGAUGUGCCCAAGUGUUUUGAAUUUCAAUAUUUUGUUAUCUCAUAUUGAUUUAGCCUAACUGUUCAUCAAUAGGAGGUGAUGAUGGAGAAUGAGGAGGAAAAUUCAAAUAUUGUUGAAGAGGAAAUGAUAAACAAUAUAUGUAAUACAAUCCAGAAUGAUGAAGAUGAAGACUACAUAAAACAGAGUGCAGAUGAAUUGUCUCUGUCAAAAGUAAUUAUCAAUAACAGUGAUUAUAUUGAAGAAAUAAGUGUAAAAGAACAAUCAGCAUUGCAACACUUUGAUAUAGCCGAAGAAAUUGACAAAAUUCCUUUUAAUGACCAGAAAACAAAAGAUGAAAAUACAGAGCUUACAUUGUUUUCAAAUUAUAAAAAUACUGCUAAAGAAAAUGCUACUUCGGAGCAAUCAACUGAUAGUUCAUGUGUUGACUACAAAGAAUAUCCAGACAGCAUUAAAAAAGAACAAGCUGAUGAAAAUGAGAAGGCUGUUCUUCUGUCUUAUAUCAGUGAUGUUGAACAACGAGCAAAAUCAAAGCUCAAGUUACGGGAACGGAACCAUGCUCCUCAAAGACCUGAUGACAAUGCAAUAGCUAAACUUGAUUCCAGUCUGAAGAAAAACACUGCUUUUGUUAGAAAAUUGCGUAAUUUCACAGCCCCACAGCUGGACAGUCUGAUGAAAGAUAUGUCUGGUCUGAAUCUGUCCAAGUAUACAAGUGAAGUAGCGUCAGCUCUAGUUGAGGCCAAGCUGAAACUGAAUGAUGUACCCGCUGCAGUUGCUCUCUGUAGUGAAAUGCACAAUACUUAUUCAGAAUUCUCAAAAGUACUAUGGGAUCAUUGGGCAAAAACCCUUUCGCUAAAGAAAGAUGAAAAGAUUGUGAACCCCAGUAAGCUAAGAGUGGACCUGAGAUUCUAUGGAGACCUCAUCACAUCGGGAAUAUUCCAAUUUAAGGAAGCCCUGCCCCUACUGGGAAAUAUAUUGACUGUUCUUACCACAUCUGAUCGAGAAGAGCACAACAAUAUAAGCAUAAUACUCAGCUUUUGCAAACACUGUGGAGAGGACUAUGCAGGUUUGUUGCCAAAAGCCAUGAGAAUUUUAUCAGAGAAAUUUAAUAUAGCAGUUCCUCGCAGCUCAAUGUUGCCUCCAGAAAAACAGAAAAAUGUCCGUUCACUUCUAAAAGAUUACUAUGGAUCUCUAUGCAAACAUCUGCUGAAGGAGCAUAGUGAAAUGCAGGCUUUUGAAAGGAAAAAUCGGCGAAUCCUACAGACCAAGGGUGAGCUUAGUACUGAAAGAAAAGAAAGAGGAGAGGCUUUAGCGGCACUGUUUCAAAAGUUGUUCAAUGGAACACUGAACUUUGCAGAGGCUCUGGAUGAGGAUGUCCCUGAACUUCCAGAGGAAAGUCUUGCAUCAAGGUCCAACACUUUUGCUGAUGAGUUCGGCCCUUUUAGAGAGUCUAGCAAAGGAGAUGGAGACCUGUUGUUAAUGGGUGGGGGAUUAGACUCGGAUGAUGUAACCUCACUUUCUAUUUGGGAGGAUGAGGAAACACAACGCUUCUACACUGAGUUUCCCAAUCUGAAAGAUUACCUGCCGAACUUUAAGAUCAUAAAACAAGAGAAGACAUCAGUUGCUUCGAUGACUGAAGAAAAUUUAGACGAAGACCUAAAAGAAGAAGAACUUGAAGAAGAUAAGAAAGAAGAAGAAACAGUAGCUGAAGCAAUCGAAGAAUAUGAAGAAAAUGAUAACAAUACAAACUCAAGUAAUAAAAUUUUACUUGACGCAUUUUUGAAUCUUCUCCCAAACUGUGUCAAUAGAGAAAUGAUCGACAAUGCUGCUAUUGAAUUCUUGAUGUAUCACAAUACCAAGCACCACCGGAAGAAGCUUGUCAAGGUCCUGUUUGGUGUGCCAAGAACUAGGUUGGACUUGCUGCCGUUCUAUGCCCGGCUUGUUGCUAUUCUGAACCCAUUGUUGCCUGAUAUAGCAACAGACCUUAGUGUGCUCUUGAAACAUGACUUCAAAUACCAUAUUAGGAAGAAGGAUCAAAUAAAUAUUGAAUCUAAACUGAAGGUCAUAAGAUUUAUAAGUGAACUUGUAAAAUUUGACCUGUACUCUAAAAUUGAAGGAUUGUACUGUCUUAAAGUCUUACUUCAUGACUUUACACAUCAUCACAUUGAAAUGGCUUGUACUAUGCUGGAGACAUGUGGUCGCUUUUUCUUCCGAAGUCCAGACACUCAUCAAAGAACUAAAGUGUAUUUGGAACAAAUCAUGAGAAUGAAGACAGGUAAAACUCUUGACUCACGGUAUGUGACUAUGAUUGAAAAUGCAUAUUACUUUGUGAAUCCACCUGAGCUACCAGUGACCCGCGUGAAAGAGAGACCUAUCAUGCAUGAGUUCAUACGCCACAUCCUCUAUCAGGAUUUGACAAGGCCUGCAGAAGCUCCCAAAGUGCUUGAUUUCAUGAGGAGGUUAAACUGGAGAGACCAACAGAUCUUCAACUAUGCAAUCAAAUGUUUAACUCAGGCUUGGAAUGUGCCAUACCCGAAUAUCAAGGAUCUAGCAAAUCUACUUGCUGGGCUUGUUGAAUACCAGGAGUCUGUAGCUGCUCAUGUUGUAGAUGGAGUUCUUGAAGACAUUAGGAUAGGUUUGGAAGCUAACACAAAAAAUCUAAAUCAGAGAAGAGUAGCUAUGGUGAAAUACUUGGGAGAACUGUAUAACUAUCGCAUGGUGGAAAGCAAUGACAUAUUCAAGAUUUUGUACUCACUGAUUGCAUUUGGAGUAGCCACAGAUCAUGAUCAUCCAUCUCCUUGGGAUCCUCCGGAACACCUGUUUCGCAUCCGUCUAGUCUGCACUUUACUCGAUACUUGUGGGCAGUACUUUAACCAUGGACCAAGCAAAGUGAAACUUGAUUAUUUCUUUGUAUAUUUUCAGCAUUAUUUCUGGUUCAAGUAUUCAAGUCCUGUAUGGACUGUUGAAAACCCUUUCCCUACAAAUAUGAACCACAUGUUUCGAGACUGUUUGACAAACUUAAGGCCAAACAUUGUAUUGGCAGAGGAUUACCAGCAGGCUAAAGACACUUUGGAACAAAUCACCAUCAAGAUGAGAACCAAAUGGAAUCCAAUUAUCUCCAACCACCAGAACGAUGGUGAUGAUUUGGAUACUAUUUUGGAAGCAUAUUUUGAAGAUGGUGAGGAUGGGGAAGAUAAAGAGUUGCAAGAAGAAGAGUCAUUCUCCAACGAAGAAGAUGAUUCAGGAGAUGAAAAAGAAGACCGAACUAUGCAUAUUCGUAGAGAAGAACUAGAUGAUGCUCAUCAGCAACCAACUUUCAUCGAUCGAGACAUUGAUGGUAUUGAAGAUCGUGCUAUUGAUUCAGACCUGGAUUCAGAUGAUAACUCGGACAAUCAAGCACCAAACUCAAGGUGUCAUAGCCCCGACGAUGAUGAUUUCCUGGCAGCUUUUGACAAAAUGGUGUCUGACAACCUACAAGAUCGAAUGAGAGACAAUGUAAAACCCCAGUUUGUUGAUAUCCCAGUUCCUCUCCAUGUGAAAACAAAUGCCAAAAAGACAUACGAACAGUUACAAGAGCCAGAGACAGAGCAAAAAGAAACUGUUAAUUUUGUUCUGAUGUUGAGAAAAGGAAAUAAACAGCAGUAUAAGAACGUAGCUGUUCCCACAGACUCUGAAUUGGCUCUUAAUCUGCGUUCACAGGAGAAGGCGGAAAGAGUCGAGAUGGAAAAGGUGAAGAGAUUAACACUUGAUAUUAAUGAUCGCCUUGAAGAAGAAGAUUAUCAGGACCAACUGUCACAGACGCAGAAACCCUCAAUGGUUAAUCUUAACAGAGAAAGAAGGCAUAAAUAUCAACACCCAAAGGGAGCCCCAGAUGCUGAUCUUAUUUUUGGCCGGAAAAAAAUACAAAGAUAGCUUUAAGAUAUAGUAAAUAAUAUGUAAGAGAAUAUAUUUAAGAGUCCAUAGCUAUUAAAUAUUAUAGUUGUAAACUCUUUCAAAAUGUGGGACUAAAAUGAGAAGAAACGUGUAUCUUCUCUCUGUGUCUUAAUGACAUAACAAGUCACUUAUUCUCAAACCGCGGAGUUCAUGAAUUUACUAUUUAAAGUAGUCACUUUAUUUGAUAUGCUGAGUAGAAUUCUCUAAGUAGUUGAAACAUCAUCAUGACUUUUUUUUAAUUAAAUAUGACAUUUCACAAAAUCAUAUAACGUUUAUAUGGACUUAAUCAAUUAAUGUUUCCCGAUACUGUCAGUCUAUGUGCACAACACCAGGUCUGACUGUCAGAUAGCUCAGACAAAAUAAUGUACAAACCCAUACUCCACUAUCUUGUGACAACCAGAAACUAGUCAAAGAAAUAUAAUAUUGUUGUUGCUUCCUGAUUAUGUACCGUGGGACUCUCCAUAUUGCAUAAUUUGUGGUCAGUGUGAAUUUCUCUUGUUGACGUUCCCACUUUAAUCAAUACAAGAAACGAAUAUCGAAUAUGAAAAUUUCAAAAUUAUAAUUUCCUAUGUUUCAUAAAACUUACACUAUUUUACAACAUAAUAUUAAUAAUUAUGCUAUAAAUAGUGUAACUUAUGUGAAAAACGGAAUUGUAAUUUUGUAUUUUUGUAAUUUGAUAAUAUUAAAUAAUAUACAAAACAUCAGAAUCCUAGUAUGUGCUCCUGUUAAGCUAAAACUACUCCUGGCAACAUUAAAAAUUGAUAAUAGUGAGUGACACUUUAAUUGUAGAAGUGCACACUAAUUAAAAGUAAAGAAUUUAUUUAAAUCUAAUUUUAAGAAUGCUUCCCAAGAAAGUUAAGAUUCUAAGGUUGAAAUCUGCCUGCAUCUCAAAACUUUUGGGAUGACCUUUGUGUGUGCUUUUUGAUCAGCUGACUGACAAUGCACACACUAACACUAUAUUUAGGUCUAGGAUUAGAAAUUGUCUUCAUAUAUUAGUUGUACAUAAAUAGUUUUUAUUUAGGAGUUAUUUAUUUUAGACAGUCAACAAAAACUUGCUGGGUUAAGUUGCUUUGCUGGGUUUAUAGGUAUAUCUUAUUUUCAUUAUAUUAAUGAAAAGCUCUUGAAACAUAAGUUUAAGUGUUUUUGACUAAAUGAAUGGUAGAUCUAUUAAUCCUAGAUUUGUGCGACCAUGUGUGCAUGUGACCACGAUCACCUUCAAAAUCUGGUAUGCACACUUGUGACACGUGAAAAAGUUCAGUCACUAAAAAUCUACUUUUAUGACUGAAUGGUGCAGUUUUUUGGUACUAAUAAAAAAAAGGAGAUCCCAUUGUGUAGGAAUAAACAGGAUUUGCACUCCAAUCAACAUUUGAAUAGAAAGAGUAAAUAAAAGAAAACGGAGAUCGACUUAUUUGAUGAUGUUUCACCAGCCUAGAAUGCUAAAACAAUGUGAUAUUUGGUUGGUUGGUUUUCAAAACAGUGAAGUAGUACCUAUAACAAUAAGUGAGUCACCUAUACCAACAUAAGAAAAAAUUUCUUUCUCCUAUUGUACUAAACUAAUUGCUUCUACUGAAUAUAUGUUUUGUUUUGUAACCUU